UGUGCUUGCGGGCUCGUCUUCAUGCCUUGGUUUUAUUGCUGUCAAACAUUGCUGGUGGCCGAUACAGAUUGCCACGAUAUGAACUGUUAUAGGAAUACUAACCGGCAAAUAGUCCAGCAUAAUGGCUACAAGAGACGUAUAAUAUCUAAGGACAUGGCAUUUUACUGUUUUGAUAUGCUAGCUAGCCAUUUAUACCGCGUGAAGGAGCCGUCCCGUCCGCACUUCACCAACGACUCUUUUCCAUUAUUUGUUACUUGGAAAAUCGGUCAUGAUCGAAGACUUCGGGGUUGUAUAGGGACAUUUUCUACUAUGCCUUUGCAUGCCGGACUUAAAGAAUACACAUUAUCUAGUGCAUUAAGAGAUAGCCGUUUUGCUCCUAUUACCAAGGAUGAACUAGCUAAUUUACAUUGCUCCGUCUCCCUUCUCACAAACUUUGAGGAAGGUGUCAACUGUGUUGACUGGGAGAUUGGAGUACAUGGAAUAAGGAUAGAAUUUUAUAAUGAGAAAGGCCACAAGCGCACCGCAACUUAUCUACCUGAGGUAGCAAAGGAACAAGGCUGGACACAGAUACAAACCAUUGACUCAUUACUUCGUAAAGGCGGCUACAAGGCACCCAUCAGCCCAGAAAUGCGUAAUACAGUUAAGGUUACUCGCUACCAGAGCGAAAAGGUUACUGUCAGCUACAAUGAGUUCAUGGCUGCAAAGCAACGCCCCACAUGACACACCCGUCACUCUAGGUGUAAUUAUUGUAUAUUUGCUAAGUAGUAUAGUAUGUGCAUUUGAGACCCCGUUUUCUGGGUGCACCUAUAAAACUGGUCCUUGACUGCACAUCCUUUAUUGCUUUUUAGUUCUACUGCUAGGCGACGUUAACAAAUUGUCUUCAGUCGGAAAUUCAUUCACGGAAGCACGAACUUGCAGCUAAUGUUAAAGGUAGUUUUAUGAUAGGAGGGGGAUGGGUUUUGGAUAUCUUGGAUUGGUAUGUUUGGGUUUGCACAAGGUUAUAUAACAAUUGUAAGGUUAUCAUUCAAAAAGGUGGGAUUUAGUGUACAUUGAUUCAAGUGAUUUUAUGAUUUUUAUGCCUAUUAGGUUGAAUUAGUCUACCUUCAUAUAGUUUUACAUUAGCGAUAUCGAUUCCUUGUGCAAUUUCCUUGAUUUUUAGGCUAUUUCCAAUACUCAUUUAUUGCAGGCGUGCUUUCAUUGCAUUUUGUUUUUUUGAAUUUCCAGAAGUGCUACCUCGCGAAAUUUCACAGCAAUAUUACCAAUUAUAAAUAAAGUAUAUUUAACUUAUUGCAGCUAAAUCAGAGUCUUAGUUUAGCAGCCAUGAUUUCCGUCACUCAAUCCAACUGGCCCCUUGCGUGACUGGGGUCAUUGCAGUUACUUUUAAGACACUGUGCCAUAGUUAUUGGUCAGGGACCCAUCUCGAAAUAAUGGGUUUUUGGCUUUUUCAAAUUGGAGUUGGACCUCAGGGCAGGGUAAGAGACGGAUAUAGGUUUUUUUGGAAAUCGAGGACUCCGGCCCGCUAGAUACUAUCUUUAAGACAUUUCUACUCGGAUGGCUCAAUCUUUUUAGGUCUCCGUUGAUUUUUCCAGUUAACGGACUUCCGCUGUACAAACCAGUCCUAAUCCAAGGGACGAAUACUCUUUACGCUAAAUGGUUUUUUUUUUUUUUUUUUUUUUUUUUGGGGGGGGGGGGGGCUUGUCGAAGAGUUUGGUUUUAUUCUUUGCUGACUAUCAGGAAUGCCUUCUACAAGAGUCAGACCAACAUUCUAAUACAAGUACCACCGCCGCAUCCAAGUAAGGCAAAUAGCAAAGGAGGUAUUGAUAGUUUGAUCCAGUAGCUAGAAUUUAAUGUAAAUAUUAUGGACGCAGCGUUUGCCUUGCUAAGGUUUGGCUGUCGUGUUACACGUUCUGUCUCUUGCCUGCCAUGAGGGUCCAGUAUUUUUAUAACGCUAUAACUAAGCAAUUUAGGACCGCGCAACGUCCGAUUUCAUUUUACAGAUUGUGCCGUUUUACAGAUUAUGGUGUAUAAUUUGAACUUACACAGGUCGAGUUGUGUGAACAGCCGUUUUGACGUUUUUCUCAACACUGUUCUCGUUUUAAUGUAAAACUUGAAGCUAAAGCUCAGGCUCUAAGGUCUUAAACAAGGACCCGCACUAUAAAAAGGCUUAGCUCCGCCCUCUUGCGGCCGAAUUAAAUUCAAACUUCAAGAUGACAACACGCCGUAACAUUGCGUCGGUAAUGAGGCUUUUUAGUUGUGUUAUCGUUACUGCACAUUCCUGCUCUUUUGGUAGGUUAUUCAUUGUUAGUAGCCAAGAGAAAAUAAACGAGAAGAAAAGCGCUUCAAAAGUUGAGUUUGGGUUUCGCUCCUCGUGGGCAAACAAGACACGCUUGACUGAACUCCUGAGCUCCGCACCACGUGGCAGUUAGCUAACACCUGAGCCUUCCAUGAACCUGGCCCAGGCCCUUUUUUAGUGCGGGUCCUUGUUUAAAAUGUGCUUAUCACACGGGUGACUGACUAUAGGACAAAGGAAAUCACAAAAUGGGGAAUCGACUUUCUGACAUUUCUUUUGUCUUGUGUUCAGUCGAGCAAGAAUUCGCCAGCAGAUGCUAGCGCAGUUUGCACAGGGCUUUAUACUGCUGUUAUCAACCCCGACUUGACAAAGCCUUGCUUUCGCGUUUUUAAAAAUCCACAGGAUUAGCAAGAGACGUGUCCGUUUCGCGCGGUGUUUGAUCGUGCUUAUCACUACACAACCACCACUUGUGAUUUUGUUGUAAUUACAGACGUGCGCCAUGCGAGGCACUGCUAGGCUUGACAAAUGCUUCAUGUUAUUUUGUUUGAACUGACAAAUUUUCAGAUACAAGUGGUGGAAUAAGCGCUCUCCAUAUUAUUUCCUUCUCCCCAUUUAUACUAAGUUCCAGUAAGAAGGGUAUGGGUAAUCAUUUUAAUAUCGCUGAAAAACUAGAAGAGGAAAAAAAUGGACUCCUAUAGGCUGAUUUUAGACAACACCAUUUAACCUGUCUUCGACAUGUCUUAGGUUCAAACGUCGCAUUAUCCAUGAGACGUAUCUUCAAUGCAAAUGCCUGCAAAUGAAGAUGAAACAAUCGACUUGAUUAUUUUGCAAGCAUUUGCAUUGAAUACGGCUCAUGGAUAAUACGACGUUUGAACUUAGCUUUAGCCAUGAAUUACACACUACGAUUUUCGUGGUCAAGCAUCGUAGCGGAGUCGUAGGCUGAUUUAUACUCUACGACUCGAGUUGUAAAGGUGUCGCAUACAACUUAACCGUGCUGUCUAAAUCACUUGAUUACCCACUUGAGAUCUUAAAAAGGCGGAUCGCUUCAAUUUUGUAAGCUUGUUCAUACCAACUGAUGUUUUUAUUUAGCUUACCAUCCACUGUACAGGGAUUGAACAAGAAGAUAAUAAAUCAAAUACAUUAAGCAAA